CAGCUUGGAUAUUGGCCAACACCAUGGGUUUUGGAGACUUGAAAAGCCCCACAGGCCUCCAGGUGCUCAAAGAUUACCUACAGGACAAAAAGCUACAUCCAAGGUAUGUGCCCUCCCAAGCAGAUGUGGCAGUAUUUGAAGCAGUUUCCCACCCACGACCUGCCGACCUGUACCAUGCCCUACAUUGGUAUAACCACAUCAAGUCUCUCAAAAAAGAAAAGGCAAGUCUGCCAGGAGCGAAGAAAGCUUUGGGCAAGUAUGGCCCUGCUAAUGUGGAAGACACCACAGGAAAUGGAGCUACAGAUAGUAAAGAUGAUGAUGACAUCGAUCUUUUUGGAUCUAAUGAGGAGGAGGAAAGUGAAGAAGCCAACAGGCUAAGAGAAGAAUGUCUUGCACAGUAUGAGUCAAAGAAAGCUGAGAAACGUGCACUUGUUGCCAAGUCUUCCAUCUUACUAGAUGUGAAACCUUGGGAUGAUGAGGCAGAUAUGGCAAAGCUAGAGGAGUGUGUCAGUAGCAUUCAAGCGGACGGCUUGGUUUGGGGCUAUUCUAAACUAGUUCCAGUAGGGUAUGGAAUUAAGAAACUUCAAAUACAGUGUGUGGUUGAAGACAAUAAAGUUGGAACAGAUAUGCUGGAGGAGCAGACCACUGCUUUUGAGGACUAUGUGCAGUCCAUGGACAUGGCUGCUUUCAACAAGAUCUAAAAUCCAUCAUGGGUCAUGAUCCUUAAAUAAAAAAUU